UCGUUGUCUGAUGUCAUAUGUUCCAUGCUAGUACAGAUCAAUCAUCAAAAUACAAGCCGACCAAGCACCAAGCCGUUAAUGGAGUAAAAACUACAGAAAAAUCGAAAACACAAUUUGCCAUUCUGCAUCCGCAGUGAGUUUCCUCCAGUUUUCCCGAAUUCCAUGCCAGCAAGCUCGUAAUCGCCGAGAAUGUCUUCCCGUCUAUUCGUGGGCGGACUCACGCAGCGCAUCCGCGAGCGCGACAUCGAGAAGUUUUUCCGAAAGUUCGGCAAAAUUAAGGAAAUUUCCCUAAAGAACGGGUACGCGUUCGUGGAAUUCGGCAGCAGCCGGGACGCCGAAGACGCCACCUACGAGCUGAACGGCAGAGAGCUGCUCGGCGAGCGCAUAACGGUGGAAAGAGCACGAGGGACUCCGCGGGGCAGCGACCACUGGCGCGACAGGGAAAGAAGCGGUGGCCGCCGCAGCUACGGGGGCCCCCCACCUCGCAGCAGCAGGGCCCCGCGCGGCAGAGAGAGGUCCGGCACCUUCACCAGAACCGAGUACAGGGUGAUAGUCGAGAACUUGUCUUCGCGCACAUCCUGGCAGGACUUGAAAGAGUUUAUGCAGAAGGGUGGUGAGGUGGCGUUUGCCGACGCUCACAAGCUGGUGCCCGGUCAAGGCGUCGUGGAGUUCAUGUCCUACAGUGACAUGAAGAAUGCAAUUGAUAAGCUGGAUGAUACUGAGCUGAAUGGGCGUAGGAUUAAGAUGGCGGAAGACAGACGUGGGCCUAGGAGGAGGUCUUCAAGUCGCAGCAGGUCAAGGUCCAGGCAGAAUGGGAAGUCAAUGUCCAGAUCAAGGUCUAGAUCACAUUCCAAGGAGGACAGCAGAAGGAGGUCUUCAAGUCGCAGCAGGUCAAGGUCCAGGCAGAAUGGGAAGUCAAUGUCCAGAUCAAGGUCUAGAUCACAUUCCAAGGAGGACAGCAGAAGGAGGUCUCGGUCCAGAUCAGAAGAGAGAGAGUAAUUUUUCAUAUUUCUUCUCAGAUUUGUUUUUGUAUGAAUAGAGAGUUAGGUUAAUCAUUGUGUUCAUACAAUCUUGUGUUUGCAACAUGUAAAAGUUUCUAUUGCUGAAUAUCAUAACUUUCCAGAUUUUGAUUAUUUAAAUCUUGGAGAUCCCUACACAAGUUGUGAAACAUAUCAAAAACUAUCUAGAAAUGCCUAUUACAAUGAAUAUUAUUCAUUUUAGCUACACUAGUAGUUUAGGCAUUUCUUGAUAUUUUUGUGGAUAUAUUCCAGUUUUUUUGUGCUUAUUUGACCUCUGCCAAAUUUUCAAUUUUAUUCAUUGAAAUUUCCUAUAAUUUUGUAGCAUUUUUAGCAUAAUACACAUAUAGGAUUAUUGUCUAUGAAUGUUUAUUAUUAUGAUUUCAGUGCUCCAGAUAAGUUAUCAAAAAUGGAAAAAUAAUAUCCUUACAGCAGUAUGAGUUUGAAUAUUGUAGUUUUAUAUUUUGUGACUAUAAAUACAUAGGUGAUUUGUUUAGAUGGAAACCAGUCUUUGUUGUGGAUUUAAUUGGUUUAUUUACAACACUUUCCAAAAUUAUAAUUGAUAUGCUCCAAAAUGACUACUAUCAGUGUUUAUCAGAAUGUAUUUUGCCAUAAUGCACUAUGGAUAAUCAGAAAAGAAGUGUAUUGCAUUCAAAUCUGAAAAAUAUUUUCUAGAAUUAUCAGGCAGCUUUGAAAUGGAUUUAAAUAAUCUCAAUUAAAUUCAGUAGUAUCAAAAUUAUAGGAGUGUUUCACCCAGUAUGUUGAUAACAAGCCACAGACAAUAACCCUAGUUGACAAGUAGAUUCACUUUGAAUUAAUGAAAUCAAAACAAAAUUUUUCAAAUACUUUGGCCUCAGUUUUUUCAAUUAUUGGUUUUAGAAACAGCAAUGAGUUAUUUUGUCAUAAUGAUAAGACUCAAGUGAAACUACUUGUUAUACAGUGUGAUCCAGGAUAACUGACAAAUACCAGCAGCAGACCAAAAAUAUUAGGG